AUGGAUUACAGUGCCAAGUACCUGAUAUUUUUAGUUAUAAGCCUGGCAUUGUCCGGGUACGAAGCGGACGAUAAGUACCAGACGAAUCUUUCGAGGAAACGACGCUACGUCGUUUUUCCCGAAGGCUCCACAUUUUCCAUCGCCCUCUGCUUGACGGUACACACCCUGACCCCGGACAACAUCUUCACCGAGGGUCUUAACUGGGGCAUCUCCUACGACCUGCCCAACGAGAGUAAGCCCGCCCUGGAGCCCUUCUUAGAGCUGAGGAACGAUAAAGUUAAAACGAGCAACAAGCACGAUCGUUACGGUUCCACUGCGAUCGCUAAUAGGUACGGCGCCCUGAAUUCAGGUUGGAGCAACAACAUCAGGCAGGGCUUCGCACCUGGCAAAAAAAAGUACCGCAAGUCGGAAUACUAUUACUUGCAAAGGAGACACCGGAGGGAGCUCUACAACAAGCUGGAGGUCAUUAUGAACGCAAUGGGCUUUGACGGCCGGACGUGUGUUCUACGCGCGCUUUGCGAAGCAUCCCAACGAUUAAUGCCGAAGGGAAACACCUUAAUAGAAGAAAUGAUGAGAAUAUCAUUCUCAUUACCUCUGAAGAGAGUGUUCUCCUUCGAGCCGGAGGAGCAUCGCACGUAUACCCAGGCUCAUAAAGCCGGCCACGAGGGCAAGGACUGCGCGGCCAUGUUUCCCGGUUGCAGUUUCUCCCUCAUCGACUUGGCCCUCGGGAAAUAUAACGCGCCCCCGUCCGACCGCCCCGGAGAUGCCGCGGACCGCGCCGGAACUUUCGGCACGGAGGACGGGCCUGCCGUGGAUUGGCCGGGAUACAGCAUGAGGUAA